AUGGCUCGUACAAAGCAAACUGCUCGUAAAUCGACUGGUGGGAAGGCACCACGAAAACAAUUGGCUACCAAAGCCGCACGUAAAAGUGCACCAGCUACUGGAGGUGUGAAAAAACCACAUCGUUAUCGUCCAGGAACUGUAGCUUUACGUGAAAUUCGUCGCUACCAAAAGAGUACUGAACUCUUGAUUCGCAAAUUGCCAUUCCAGCGUUUGGUCCGUGAAAUUGCACAAGAUUUCAAAACUGAUUUACGUUUCCAGAGUUCUGCUGUAAUGGCUCUUCAAGAAGCUAGCGAAGCAUACUUAGUGGGUCUUUUUGAAGAUACUAACUUAUGCGCAAUUCAUGCCAAACGCGUUACAAUUAUGCCAAAAGAUAUUCAAUUGAAAGCAUCAGAAGCCAUAAUGUAA